AUGCCAAAUCUGAACGAAGAUGAUGACGUGGAGGAGGAGUUGACGAAGCCAUCAAUAACUGUGAACAGCAGUCGCUUCAUAAAAGAACACCCAGUGCUUGACUGUAUACAACAAGUGGCGCGAACAGGGGACUGCAAGGGUUUGCUUGCACCCCCUCCAAAAUGUUUAACAGUUUCAAGCGAAAAAUUCUUCAAAGGACUUUUAAUUCAAGCUCUAAUGCUGCCAACAAAGAAACCAGUGGGUAGCUUCAAAGUGUUUGACGACACGUUCAAAAGACCUCAACCCAUUUCAAAGUCCGACCUGAGAGACGACCAGCAUCCAAACAAACAGCAGGAAUCCACAACAAUUUUCCCUCCGCAGAUAUUAAGAUUGUACUCGUGUUCGAGAUACCAUAAGAAAAAUGGAUAUUACUCUAAAGUUCAUAAAACAAACGAGAGCACCAACAUUCUGAACGAUCGACAUUUCAUGUUUUUCAACGACUCUCAACCGAGCAGGCAGAACAGAUGGUCCGAUGGCGAAGAGCACUCGAAAGAUGAUGAAUCAAUUGCUGUCGAUUUUGACAAUAAAAAUACGGAUUUCGACGUAAAAAACAAUUCCACAAACGACACGGUGUUUGUUUGGGAAUCGGACCAUGAACACGCGAGUAUCUCACUAAUCUGGCUGAUGCACGAAGAUGAGGAAACACUGAGCGGUCACGAAUUCAUUUACUUCACGUGA